AUCCGGAAGUGCUUUCGCUCUCGUGACUUUGAGUAUGACCUCCAGCCGCGUCUAUGCAACCUACGCCAACACGGCUUCUACCACGGCUACCUGUCCGAGUCCCAGAAUCUGCUAUUCCAGUGUAUGGAGCCAAUCAGCCCGGUCGAGCAGCGGUUUUACUUCCAACAAGGUCUGCGGAGCAACAUCUACCGCUCGAUCAAUGAGAAGCGCUCGAAGAAGCUAUCGACUGGGCUCCCAUUUUGA